CAAACCAAACUCCUUGUUCUUCAUCACCAUCAUCAGGCUCUAGUUUGCUUUCUUGAUUCCUCUACAGAGUGAGACUAGUUCUGAAGAUUCAGAAAUAAAGUCGGCUUUUCAGAGUCUUCGGGCAGCUUAAGAGUACUUUGAUCUUGAGGUAAGCUGCCUUCUGUUCUUCUGUACACGUCGUGUGGAUAUGUAUAUGGUUCCGGGCCUCUGAGAAGCUUUUGUUUAACACGACAUGAGAGCUGAAUUUCCCGAGAAGGCGAGAACAGCUUAAAUCCUAGCAUACAUUUGUUCUGAUGCAUCUGUGAUCUUAUUGGACAUCUCCAUUCUUGUAGGAGCUUUUCUUUGUGUAGGCCCUCACAAAUGGCGGUAAAGAUGAAAGGAAUCUUCAAAGGGCUGAGGAUAUUCUCGCACAUGUUUGCUCAAAAGGAGCAUGAGAUGGAAAUUGGGUUCCCUACAGAUGUAAAACAUGUGGCUCACAUAGGGUUGGGCACCAGUGACACAUCUCCAAGCUGGAUGAAUGAGUUCAAGUCAUCAGAAGAUUUAUCUGCAGGCUCUCUGAGCACAGCUGAGCAGUCAAGACAGACUUCUUGGACCUCUACAGACUUUGAGCCAGCAAGAUCUAUGCUGCCAACUGAGAUUAAUUUCCCAGACAGACCUGCACAGGAGUCCUCCUCCUGCCCCCCAAGAGGCCCCAGGAAGGCAAGGAGGAAGAAGACCAGGACAUCGUCACCCACCUCUGCAAGAUCAUCUUCCUCGAGGUCGAGGGCCUCCUUCGCGACGGCGUUCGACGAUUUCAACGAGUCGCAAAGAGGGCUUCGGGUCGUGUAAAAAACCAUGUGUGACCACCUUGCAUAUAAUACAUGUUUCGGGUUUAGGGAGGGGAGGUGAUUUGUGAAUUGCUUUAUUCUUUGUCCAGUUUAACAGUUGGAGCCAUAGUUGGAAAUGCAAAAGUAAGUUGGAAGUUGAUCCAUGUUUUGUCCAUAAAGCUUUGGUAUCACACAAUCACAGAUCUUGUUUCACAUUGUUUUUCAAAGACGCGUAACUGUAAAGAAGUGCUAAUCAAAGGCAUGCCUGCCAGAGUAAUGUCAAUGAUCAUGACAU